UACUACUAACGGAGAAAGUGUCCUCCUGUUAACGAGUCUGCUCUUUGUUUAUAUUCUUAUGUCAACUAACUCAUGAUGAUUACGCUUGCUGAUAUUUCCAUAGUUUGACAUUAGAAAUUUUAUCAUGGAAGAUAACAGAAAUAUUGACAAAGAAAUUUUAAAUCUUGACCAAAGUAAUAACAUGUCUGGUGAUGCGAAUAGGACCGCAGCUGAAUGUGAAAAUAUUAACAGUAAUGUGUCUGAAGUACAAACACAGACCAGAAAUGCUUCAAUUAGUUCUUUACCUUCCUCUAUAAUGGGUGUUCGCUAUGCACAUGUCAAUUGUAAACCCUAUCUAGCUGUCGCAAUUUUAUGCUUUAUAAAUCUCAUCAAUUACAUGGACAGAUAUACUCUAGCUGGUGUCUUGCAAGAUGUUAAAUCCUAUUAUGGACUAGAUGAUUCUGAUGCUGGUCUUCUCCAAACUUCAUUUAUAAUUAGUUACUUAAUUAUGGCUCCAGUAUUUGGGUAUUUAGGAGAUCGUUACAAUAGACGCUAUAUUAUGGCUUUUGGUAUAUUGUUUUGGAGUGCUACUACAUUCUUAGGAUCAUGCAUUCCUAAUUCAUAUUUUUGGUGGUUUAUGUUCACUCGAGCAUUAGUUGGUACUGGCGAAGCAAGCUAUUCCACUAUUGCACCAACUGUCAUAGCUGAUUUGUUUACUGAUAAUCUUAGAACUCGAAUGCUGUCUUUGUUUUAUUUUGCCAUUCCUGUCGGAAGUGGUUUAGGUUAUAUUGUUGGACCUGGAGUUGCUAACCUUAUUGGGCACUGGUAUUGGGCCUUACGAGUGACUCCUGUGCUUGGAAUAUUGGCAGUUGUAUUAUGCUUAACUGUUCUAGUAGAACCUCCCCGUGGUGAAGCUGAAGGUGGAGUUUCACUAGAGACUACAAGUGUGAUUGAAGACAUAAUUGCAGUAUUCAAAAUACCGUCUUUCUUAUGGGUGACUUUGGGCUUCACUUGUGUUACCUUUUCUGUUGGAGCUUUAGCAUGGUGGGUACCAGAUUUCAUGACAAAUGCUCUUGAAGUGCAUGGUGAAAAACCUGACAAAGUUUAUGUGUCUAUUGUAUUCGGUGCUAUUACAUGUUUUGCUGGGAUUGUUGGUGUAGUUCUCGGAUCAGCUACUUCUCAAUAUUACAGGAAAUAUAAUCCUAGAGCUGACCCAUUAAUUUGUGCAUACAGCAUGAUUUUAGCAGUUCCUCUUGUGUAUUUAGCUUGUAUUACUGCCUCACCUUAUACUUAUUUAUCAUAUGUUUUCAUCUUUUUCGGGGUGACACUUUUAUGUAUGAAUUGGGUGUUAGUAGCUGAUAUUGUUUUGUAUGUUGUUGUGCCGAGGCGUAGGUCUAUGGCAGAAGCUAUUCAAAUAACCGUCUCUCAUCUCUUAGGAGAUGCAUGUAGCCCGUAUAUUGUAGGCCGUAUCUCUGAUAGAAUAUCUGGUGGUGAUGAAAGUCCUAUGGCUAAAUAUCUUAGUAUGCAGUAUUCUCUCUUUAUACCUGUAUUUAUAUUGGUUGUAGGAGCAUCGUGCUUUUUUAUAAACUCAUUCUACGUUGUUGAAGACAAAGAAAGAUGUUCUAAACAAAUGCAAGGGGAUAUAUCUGCUGCUCUUCUAUCAAAUAUUGUGGAUGUUUCUGAAUCAGAUAAUCUCCACAAAAGGAUAAAUUCAAGCGACCCUGAUAAUUCACCAUGAAUGGAAGUUUGUUGUUUGUGUUUUAGAUCUUGAAAAUUGUCAUAAGUAUGGAAAUGUUUAUUUCUACUUUUGUAACUUUAUUAAUAUUCUGAAAUCUAUUUUAUUUUGUUUUGUAUGUCGUAAAAAAACAAAAUGGUUAAAAAAAAAAGGAUUUUACUUUUUUUGAUGUUUACAUUUAUGUUCUCAUGAUCUGAAGUAGAAAAAAAUAUUAUAUAAAGAAAGGUAUUAACACGAAAUUUAGAAUAUUCAACCUUUCAGCUCUUUGUAUUGAUGUGUAAAUUAUGAAAAAUAAUAGGGAAAUAGGUUUUGUAUGUUUUUAUAAUUCAAGGUUGUAAAUUUCCUGUACAGUAUGCGACUAUCAAUUGCUCUAAUUCAUUCUUAAAUAUUUUAAAAUUUUUGCAUUCUGAACCUUUAAAAUUAAACAAGAAGUGUCUCUGUAAUGUUUAUUAUUGUGAUUUAUCUCUUUUCUAUUUCUAGUCCGCAUACAGUGGUUGUGCAAUUUUCAACUUGUACAUUUGAAGAAUUUUUUUUUAAAGCAAAGGGUUGUAAGCAUGUAAAUGAUAUUUUACUCAUUUUAUAAAAGGGAAAAUAAACAUAUUUAUUUAAAUA